GUGGUUCGAAUCUUCAAAAUGGGUGAAAGAAUAUUAGUGUUUAUAUGUGAAAUAUAAAUAUGUUAUUGAAUACGAAUGGAAAGAUCAAUUACAAGGGAUUUCGAAGGAAUAUGAGCUCAACAAUAAUUUCCAUCUGAAACACCUGGUUUCAAUUAAUCUGACGCUUAAAAAGAGUAAUCCCUUCGGUACGUGGAAAUUUGUGUGCCAUUAAUGGCGGAUUAGAAUUUCAAUGAAAUUCUGUGUGUACACAAGUUUUUAUUGAACUCUUUGAAAAGUUUGCAAAACAAAUGUGCUGUAUAAAUCUCUGAUUUUUAUUUUGUCCAAAAAUAGUCAAAUUAUGGCAGAAGUUUACAACAGCAAAAUUCCUAAGAUUAUGGUAUUCAGACCUACUUGGGAUGAAUUUAAGGAUUUCUCCAAGUAUGUUCAAGUGAUGGAGUCCCAAGGGGCACAUAAAGCUGGAUUAGCUAAGGUUAUUCCACCUCCAGAAUGGGUACCUCGUAAAUCAGGUUACAACUUAGAAGAUCUUAAAGUUACCAUUCCAGCCCCAAUUUGCCAAGUUGUAACUGGUAAACAAGGCCUAUAUCAACAAAUAAACAUUCAGAAAAAGUCGAUGACAGUCCAACAAUACAGUGAAUUAGCAAAUUCAGAACGGUAUGCAACUCCUAGACAUUUUGAUUACGAAGAUUUGGAGAGAAAAUACUGGAAGAACAUAACCUAUGUGGCUCCAAUUUAUGGUGCUGAUGUGUCGGGGAGUUUAACAGAUGAAAAUGUUAACGAAUGGAAUAUAAAUAGAUUAGGCACAAUACUUGAUUACGUAAAUGAAGAUUAUGGUAUUUCAAUUGAGGGAGUCAACACUGCUUAUCUCUAUUUUGGUAUGUGGAAAACGACGUUUGCUUGGCACACAGAAGACAUGGAUUUAUAUUCUAUAAAUUAUCUUCAUUUUGGAGCUCCUAAAACUUGGUAUGCUGUACCUCCUGAACAUGGAAGAAGAUUAGAAAGACUGGCCAAUGGUUUUUUUCCUGGCAGUUACAAAACGUGCAAUGCUUUUCUUCGUCAUAAGAUGACUCUGAUAUCUCCUCAAAUCCUUAAACAAUAUUCCAUACCUUACAAUAAGAUCACACAGGAAGCUGGAGAGAUUAUGAUCACUUUUCCAUACGGUUAUCAUGCAGGCUUCAACCAUGGUUUCAAUUGCGCAGAAUCUACGAAUUUUGCUUGUGAAAGAUGGGUAGAGUAUGGGAAAAGAGCCUCGCAGUGUACCUGUAGCAAAGACAUGGUAAAAAUCUCCAUGGACACUUUUGUUAAGAGGUUCCAACCUGAUAGGUAUGAAAUGUGGCUUAAAGGCGAAGAUGUAGGUCCCCAUCCCGAAGAACCGAAUCGUCAAGUUGCGGCACCUUUACCCUUGCCCCAAGAUAUCCUCUGCAACAAGAACAACACCUCCCUGCCUCAGAGCUUCAUUGACGGCCCAAUGAAGAAAUCUCGCAAGGGAAAAAUGAAUUUACAACAGGACUUCUCACUUUUUCCUACCGAGUUGCAAAUACAACUUAUGGAAGAGGAUCGUUUAGAUUUUGCCCAGGAUGAGAUCGCUCCUGAUGAGCAACAGCUGGAGGUUCUCGAAGAUAUUUGGUUGAAAGCUGGUGAAAUCGAAGCGGAAGAUGCAUCUUUCUGCGACGAAGGAUACCGCGUGAACAACAAACGGAAAUACUUUGGCCGCAACAAGAGGAACAAGCAGAAACAGGAGAAGGACGGUUCGGUUUCCGUCCACAAAGUUCCGAAGAAGGCAAAAUCGGACGGGGAAGGCAAGAGCCACAAGAAGAAGAAGGCGACCAUGGACGAUCUCACCGGAAUCUACACGGCUUGCCAGAGCAAGACGAAGAAAGUUUGCGGUAAAAUCGUGGCUCCUCUGAACUUGACGGAAGGUGGGACUUCGGCAGACACUUCAGAUUUGGUCAAGAGUUUGGUGGCCAAGGAGGCCGAUAAGUUGUUGAGCGUGCAUCAUCACAAGUCCAAGAAGAGGAAGCACAAACAUAGGGACGAUAAGGAGCACAGACACAAGCAUAAGAAAAAAAAACAUCACCACAAUCAUCACAGCUCGUUGGAAAAUUCCAAAUCUCCGAUUGCCACCCAGGUGAAGACGGAAACCGAUGAGACUUCGCACGAAAAUUCCGAAAUAAAGAACGAAAUCGACAAUAUAAUCCGCGAAGCCGCCGAGGAACACGAGCAACAGAAAAAAUUGAAAUCGUUCGAUAACCAACACACCAACAUACCCCAGCUGUCGAUAGAAAACUUGCCCAAUCCCGUUCACACGGUUCACGUGUUCGAAGAGGGAAAAUCGCCGACCAUGUUAGCCCUCAAGAAUUUCAGAAAGAUGAGCGACCCCAAAUCGUUGCCUUCCCUGGGUAAAGUACAAACCAUCCACACGUCCAAAGGCACCAUUACGGUGCUGGAAAAAGACUGCCUGUCCCCCGAAUCCACUGUCGUCAAGCCUGCGACUUACACCCAUCGUCAGAGGGAGGAAGUGGUUUCCUCCAGUUCGGUUGAGGUUGGGAGCACGGAAACCGUUAAUCCUGGCUUCAACAAGGCCUUCUUGUCUUUCCUUCAGCAGGGUAACGCUGCAUCGAAGUCUGACGAUAGGGGGAAGACUAAGGCUAAGAACGAACCGGUCAAAGAGAAAACGGAAUCUAGUCCUGAAGAUCUCAUUAAGAAUAUUUUAAAGAACUCCUGUGAAACCGCAAGGGUGCAUCACGAAUCCCAGUACGUUAGGGAUGUAGGGGAUGUGGAAGAUCCCCAGUCUAGACUGCAGAUGGCCCUGCAACAGGCCGUCGAUCAGAUAAGUUUCAACCCAGUGGAGGAAUUGGAGAAUAGGGGUGAUUUGGGUGUUAGGAAUUACGUAGUGAAUAAUUGCAUGACGAGCACGUAUUUCAACAACGAUAGGUUCUUCCCGUUCAGUUCUACUCCCAUCAAGUUGGAGAAAGAGAAUGAAGAUGAAAACGCCAAGGUGGUGAUCGAACGUUUCAACAAUGAAGAAAUAGCGACAGCGGCCGAGAAAAAGAUCAGCCGAUUGAGCAACAUCCUGUGCAACGAGACAGGCAGAAAUUUCAUCGACAAAUCGGAGGACUACAACCUUUUAUCCAAAUUCGAGCAAGAGUAUCUGAAAGAUGUUCCGACAGAGGGUGCAAGCAGAGGAAUCAACAGUACCAUGGUACCCAAGCAGGAGCCAUCCAGCUCGGAAGAUUCAGAUUCUGACAGUUCGGACAGCUGUUCUACCUGCGGAUCUGGAUGUUCCACUUGCGAAUCGGAGGAUGAAGACGCAAACCGGACUGUCAAGAGUGAGGGACAGUUGGAAGCGAAGAAGAAGAUCAGGAAGCCUAGUUUGGAAGGCAAUCAGGCUCUGGAUCUAUCUAAGAAAAGCCCUGGUAAAUCUAAGUCAAAUUAUCGUAAGGUAACCCUGCGACAAAUAGUGGAGGGUCAGAGGGGCCUGGGGAGGCCCAAGAAAUAUGUACAGGAGCAGAUAGCUCGCAUGAAGUCGAUAAUGGAAAAAUUCAAAACCGGUGAGAAGCCCCCAGAGGCUGGCGAUGCGAACGGAAUGAGCGAGUAUCUGAAGCUCAAGGCUUCCUGUUUGACCCCCAAAGGGGUCUCCGUGAAGCUCGAUGAUGUCAUGGAUAUAUUCGAAGAGGAUGUGAGAACUGAUUUAUUGUCCGGGAAAACUUUAAUCGAGAUGCCCCAAGUGAAGAAAGUUGUCGUACCGGAACCAUUGAAGGCUGUGAAAGUGGAGACACCCUUGCUCGAGAAGAAAAAGAAAGAAACCCUUAGUCCGUCUAGUUCACAGCCGAAUAAGUGUGUGGCCUACCCUACGAAGGCUACCUUGAAGGCUGGCGAUAAAAUCUGGGCGAAACGCGUCGAUAACGAAAAAUAUUACAAGGCCACCGUGCUACAAGUCAUAGAGAUGCCUUAUAUAUGCGUUUACUUCCCCGAGGAGGACUCAUUUGCCAAAGAUGCCCUUUUCUCCGAUUUGAUAUGGUCCUGGAAGACCAGACCACCUAAGUGCGGUCAGAAGGUGCCAAUCAAAUGGACAGACGGUCAGAUACAUGAGGUCGAAUUUAUUGCCAGGACCACUAGAUAUUCAUUAUUUGUUGAAUUCGAGAACGGAGAACAGAUGACUGUGAAAAGAGAAGAUGUAUUCACCUUUUCCGACUACCUCCCUAAAAGAAUUGACGGUUUAAGGUCCAACCCACCUGAUCUGAAGAACCAAAACCAGUGGAACGAUACCGAUCAGUCACUGCCAGACAAGUGUAUCAAGCAGGAGAAAUCCUUCGAGGACGACUAGCGGUUACAAUUUUCCAGGGUGAAAACUGUCUGACCCUCGGAAAAUAAGAAAAAGACUGAGAAAACUUGUUAAUGAUGAGGACCGAUGUCCAUCUACCCAUGGAUAUUCCCCCAUAUUGCACUUGACCCCAGUUUUGAACUUGACAUUUUCAAGUUUUCUGAAUUGAUGAAAAUUCGCGUUUUCGUCGAUUUUCCCAUUUUAUGUUCGAUGAUCGAAUGACCUUUUUUUAAUUUCGAAUGGUUUUCCGUGUUGAAGAAGUAUUAUAAUUAGUAGAUAUGAACAAUUCCAAUUUCUGAAAUUUUAAUUGUGAUCCGUUCCGAUAGGUUUUUUCGUGUGAUAAAAAAAAUAUUUAUGUUUGUACAUAUUAUAUGACACAUACGUAUAUUUAAGAGAGGUGUAUUUGGUAAUGUCUUUGAUGUAAAGAUGUUCCGAUGUAUUAUAGAGAUACAAUUAUCGAUUAUAUGUAGAAAACAUUCGAAUUUUUCAUUAUGCAACACUUUUGAAAAUAAAUUAAUUGUUUGUGUUUCGCAACACAUGUAGGUUGUACAAUAAAGAUUAUGAAAAUUUUGGA